CGUUGCGCUCUUGCUCUUUUUUUUGGAGUCCCCGUCUCUCCGACCCCGACGAAAAUUCCACACCCACCGCCUCCCCCAUCUCCCUCUCCCUCCCGCUGCCUGCCGUCUCUCUGCCGAGCUAGGCAGCUACCGCACGCCGCCACACGCUUCGCUCCCCAAAUCCCCCACCCUCCACCACUUCCCGUCCGCUCGCCUCAAAGCCCCACCAGGUGCGUGCGGAGUCGGACUGCGGACGCGGCCUGCGCUCGCGCACGCGCACCCGCACGCGGAGGCGGAGAAGAAGAACCCACCCACCACCUCUCCCGCGGCCGCGGCGUGCGUACGUAUUUCACCCGGCCUCCUGUGGGAUCAUCGAUACCCUCCCCAGUCCCCCACCGGCACCCGAGGGCGCUGGCCGGCGACGAGGCCGGCAUGAAGCCGCGGGCGCUCCUGGAGCGCCUAGCCCGCCCCUUCUCCUCCUCCCGCCGCGCGUCGUCCGACCGCGAGAGGGAGGAGGAGGCGGACCUGGAGGCGAUCGCGGCGCGUGAGCAGCGCGCGUUCCGGUACGAGACGCUGGCGGCGGCGACGCGGGGAUUCUCGGAGAAGAACCGGCUGGGGCAGGGCGGGUUCGGCCCCGUCUACCGGGGCCGCCUGGAGGACGGCCGCGACGUGGCCGUCAAGCGCCUGGGCGCCGGGUCACGGCAGGGCGCCCGGGAGUUCCGGAACGAGGCCACGCUGCUCUCCCGGGUGCAGCACCGGAACGUGGUCAACCUCAUCGGCUACUGCGCCCGCGGCGCCGACGACAAGCUGCUGGUGUACGAGUACGUGCCCAACGAGAGCCUCGACAAGAUCCUCUUCUCCCCUUCCUCCUCCUCCAAUCACUCCAGCAGCAACAGCGACCGAUCACGACGAGCGGAGCUGACCUGGCCGCGGCGGCACGAGGUCGUGGUCGGCGUGGCGCGUGGCCUGCUCUACCUCCACGAGGACGCGCACACGCCCAUCAUCCACCGCGACAUCAAGGCUAGCAACAUCCUCCUGGACGACCGGUGGGUGCCCAAGAUCGCCGACUUCGGCAUGGCCCGGCUCUUCCCGGAGGCCGGCGACGGUCACUCUCGUGUCCAUACCCGUGUCGCCGGCACUAACGGGUACAUGGCGCCCGAGUACCUCAUGCACGGCGACCUCUCCACCAAGGCCGACGUCUUCAGCUUCGGCGUGGUGGUUCUCGAGAUCGUCUCGGGCCGCAAGAACUCCGCCUUUGUCCCACCCCCGGACGCCGAGGCAGACAGCCUCCUGGAAUACGCCUGGAGACUGUACAAGAAAGGUCGGACCCUGGAGUUGCUUGACCCCGCGGUGAAGUCGUCGGCGGUGCCGGAGCAGGUCGAGCUGUGCGUGCGGAUCGGGCUGCUGUGCGUGCAGGCCGACCCGCGGCUGCGGCCGGACAUGAAGCGCGUGGUGAUCAUCCUGUCCAAGAAGCAGAGCAAGCUCGAGGAGCCGACGCGUCCGGGGGUGCCCGGGUCGCGGUACCGGCGGAGGCCCCACGGCCUGCGCGGCUCGCACUACUCUGCCGGGUCAUCGUCCGGCACCAGCUCGCCGUCUACGUCCGCAACGACGUCGCACGCGUCAGCGUCGGCGUCGGCCUCCAACGCCAUGACGACGUCGAGCACGCACACCAUGAGAAGCCAAGGCUUGCCCUCGCACCGAGAAGACGAGGAGUCGUAGCAGUAACAGGGCGAGCCCCAACUGUACAUUUGUCUAUUCUUUCCCUUUUUCUUCAGGUUGGUGUUCAUUCAAGGAUGGGAUUGCAGAGUAUAGGUAUAGAUGCGCAUGAUUGUUUUGCUAGUUCAUAGGAUCUGCCUUUUGGAUUUCGUUAGGAUGCUGCUGAUUAAGCUGUUGAUCGGUCCGUCUGUGGUAGACUGCAGGCAAGAACUGUGUAUAUAAAAAUGAGAAAGAUAAAGAGCAAAUUCUCUUAAUGCCGCUACAAUUA